GGGCGGCGCUGCCCGGCGCCGGGGAUGCACCCGAACGCCACGGCCCCGGCCGUGCCCGCCGGGCCCCUGCACCCGCACCCCAGCGCCUACGCCAACGCCUCCAACCGCUCCGACCUGCUCCCCAAAGUGCCCGACGAGGAGGACCUGGACGUCAACACCGACAUCUACUCCAAAGUGAUGGUGACCGUCGUCUACUCGGCUCUUUUCUUGGUGGGCACCGUGGGCAACUCCAUCACGGCGUACACGCUGGUGCGGAAGAAGUCGCUGCAGAACCUGCAGAGCACCGUGCACUACCACCUGGCCAGCCUCGCCUUCUCCGACCUCCUCAUCUUCCUGCUCUGCAUGCCCAUCGAGCUCUACAACUUCAUCUGGGUCCAUCACCCCUGGGCUUUCGGGGGGGCCGUUUGCAAGGGCUACUACUUCCUCCGGGACGCCUGCACCUAUGCCACGGCACUCAACAUCGCCAGCCUCAGCGUGGAGCGCUACAUGGCCAUCUGCCACCCCUUCAAAGCCAAGAGCAUCAUGUCCCGCAGCCGCACCAAGAAGUUCAUCAGCUGCAUCUGGAUCGCCUCCUUCCUGCUCGCCAUCCCCAUGAUCUUCACCAUGGGGCAGAUCUACGGCAAGGACCAGGAUCCCGACUCGCUCAUCUGCACCGCCAUCGUGGACACCUCCACGCUGAAGACGGUCAUCCAGGCCAACACCUUCAUCUCCUUCGUGUUCCCCAUGGUCGUCAUCUCCGUGCUCAACACCAUCAUCGCCAACCAGCUGCUGGUGAUGUUCAGGCAGGCGGCCCAGGAGAACCAGGUGUGCACCAUUGGCGGCCAGCAGACCAUGCUCAGCAUGUCCAUGGAGCCCAGCAGGGUGCAAGCCCUGAAGCACGGCGUGAGGGUCCUGCGUGCUGUGGUGAUUGCCUUCGUGGUGUGCUGGCUCCCUUACCACAUACGGCGUCUCAUGUUCUGCUAUGUCCCCUCCAGCCACUGGACCGUCUCAUGUUCUGCUAUUUUCCUUUACAACUUCUACCACUACUUCUACAUGCUGACAAACGUCCUCUUCUACGUCAGCUCAGCAAUCAACCCCAUCCUCUACAACCUGGUGUCGGCAAACUUCCGCCAGAUCUUCCUCUCCACGCUCACCAUCCUGUGCCUGCCAUGGAGGAAGAAGAAGAAACGCCUGGCCUUCACCAGGAAAUCCAACAGCAUCUCCAGCAACCACACAUUUUCCAGCCAGGUCACAAGGGAAACUACAUACUGAAGCCAAAGGUGGAGGAGGAACGCGAUUCAUCGUGGAGCCAAAACUUGAGAGAGGCCUCCGUGACUUUCAUGCAUGGUCUCCAAAUUCACGUAACACUAAUGUGUUUAGCAAAGUCAUUUUUGUUGGAAAAAAUAGGCUUUGUUCUGCCAGUAACUUUGAGGUUAUUUUCGAGCAUUGGCCUUGCCUCUUGUGAGUAAUGUCUACAUGUAUUGUAACUUCAGUCUGGCAUAAAUCCAGGUGUGGUGUUAACUGGGAAGCCAAAAUGUGUUCAACUUAGGCAAAACUGGUCUGCAUUUCAUCCUUUUCUCAGUGCGGAGAUGCCGUGUUCACAUCCAAGGGUUUGAGAUCCUGGUGGCACCCAGCAGAGAGUUUGAUGAGGAGAAAGAAGCUUUGAACAGAAAGGGAAGUUCUUGGAGAAUGGAAUGCUCAUCUGUGGGAUGCUCAAUGAACGAGGAGUGAAAACUCAGGGAGCCAGGUGGUUAUUUUAGAAAUAAAUCUCCAUUGGGAGUAAUAUGACCGAGGUGCUCAAGAGAGCCGCUCUGGCUCCUUGAAAUGAAAUAAGAACAGAUGAUGCCUUACCUAGGCUGGGGUGGCUGUGGCCUGGGGAGGGGGGUCACCUUUGGCUUUAGGGCAUCCACAGUGCCUGGCUUUGGUACCACUGCACUGAUAACAGAGUCUCUGGCAAAGUCAAAAAUGCAGAGGCUAUGCCCAGAUGGAGUGCUGAAAAUGAACAGAGAUGCAAAAUCUUCCUUUUGCCAUACAGCCAAAUCCUAUUUUUUACCAUGGAGAACAGUUUGCUGGCCUGCAUCAAAAGAUGAGAAAACUCUGAGCUUAUGAGGGCUCCAGGCUGCUGAGAUAAGAGCAAUCUGCCCCAGUGCUGUGGGACCUUCAGAUUUUUCCCAUUCUUAUUCCAGUUUUACUUGUUUCCUCACCAUUUCCACAAGGCUGGCAUCUCAGUAUAUAGCAGUUGUAGGCAGCAGGUCCUCUUGUUCUACCUUUUCUUUUUUACUUUUUGCUACCAGAACUGUUGGUACACUUAUCUGCACCCCCAAUAUUCAGACAGUUCAAAUGCAGAGCAUAAGGAAGUCUAAA